AUGGGGUCUGAAGACGGAAUCUUGAUGAGAAGAAACGAAGUAGCCGAGAACGUCGCCUUGAUCUUUGGCGUCACCGGACUCGUUGGUCGAGAGAUUGUAAAGAGGCUAUUAACGUCUAAACCCAAAUGGAGAAUCUACGGCGUAGCGCGAAAUCCGGAGAUCAGUUCAUCGACGACGAUGUACAAUUUCAUCUCAUGUGAUCUGCUUAACGCAUCUGAGACUAAACAGAGAUUGUCUCCAUUACAAGACAUCGUGAGUCACGUGUUCUGGGUCACGUGGUCUGGUGAGUAUCCAUUGGAUAGCGACGAGUGCUGCGCUCAGAACAAGACGAUGCUUACAAACGCUUUGGACGCUAUUCUACCAAACGCUACGAGGUUAAAGCAUUUCUCGCUUCAGACGGGGAUGAAGCAUUACGUGUCUCUUGUCGGAGAAGGUUCGAGUAAUUUCUGUUAUUACAGCGAGGAGUGUCCGAGGAAGAGCUCUGGGAGAAAUUUCUAUUAUGUUUUGGAGGAUUUGCUGAAGGAGAAGAUCACUGGUAACUCCGUUGUUUGGUCAGUUCAAAGGCCGGGUUUGCUGAUGGGAAGCUCUACAAGGACUCUGUACAAUUUCAUGGGAAGCCUUUGUGCUUACGGUGCGAUGUGUAAGUAUUUAAAUCUUCCUUUUGUGUUUGGAGGGACAAGAGCAUGUUGGGAGGAGAGUUACAUUGAUGGUUCUGAUUCCAACUUAGUCGCAGAACAGCAUAUAUUCGCUGCAACAAGUGGGAGGGUACGAGAGAAAGGUGAAGCCUUUAACGCCAUUAACGGUGUAGGUUUCACUUGGAAGGAGAUUUGGCCAGAUAUUGGGAAGAAACUUGGAGUGCAAGUUAAUGAAGCGACCAUGUUUGAUGAAGGUUUCUCGUUUGAUAGAGAGAUGGGUAAGAGAAAGCAUGUGUGGAAUGAGAUUGUGACGAAGGAGAAACUUGUUCCGACAGAGAUUGAUGAUUUGGCAAAUUGGGUUUUCUUGGAUAUACUGUUUAGAUUUCCGUCUAAGCUUCUUGGGAAGAGAGAGAAAGUAGAUAAGUUUGGGUUUAAGAGGAGAUAUAGAACCCUAGAUUCAAUAUUGUAUUGGAUUGAUGUGAUGAGAGAUGAUAAGCUCAUUCCUCUUUAACACAUGUGCUAUUGUUGUGAUGGCUAUGUUUGAUUAGCAAUGUAAAUUACACUAUGUAUUUGAUCACCAAUAAUACUCACCUCCCCUAAUAUUUCUUUCA